CUGUUGGCAGUGCAGAAAAGACGAGAGAAGGUUGCUGGAGCUGUUCGGGAGAUUUUAUUGUUUUGCAUUUGAACUAAAAAAGGAUUUUCGGCUAAGAUAUUUGUUUCCAACUUCAGCUACAGUGAUAGCUAAGUUUGGAAAGGAGAAAGGGGAGCUUUGGCGUGCGUUUACCGAAAUUUGAAUGCACAGUGUCUCUCAUCGAUAGCCUUGCUUUACGAAGAUAAAUAGAUAUUGGGCAAACGUUAAUUAUUUCCGGAAAAGUAUUACAAUGGAUAACGCUGGAUCUAAGAAACGUUGCUGUGAAUCGGUCCAAGAGUUCUUCACAUCACCAAAGUUCCUUAUUUACCUGGGACAUGGCCUCUCGACAUGGGGCGAUCGUAUGUGGAACUUCGCUGUAGCUGUAUUUCUGGUGGGGCUGUAUGGCAACAGCCUCCUGCUCACGGCUGUGUACGGACUGGUGGUGGCAGGGUCAGUGCUGCUCCUUGGAGCCAUUAUCGGUGACUGGGUUGACAAAAACCCAAGACUCAAAGUGGCCCAGACUUCGCUGGUUGUCCAGAACUUUUCUGUCAUACUAUGUGGGAUCCUCUUGAUGGUGGUUUUCCAGUUCAAAGAACAGAUUGCAGAGUUAUACAAUGGAUGGAUUCUGACAUGCUGCUAUAUCCUGGUCAUCUCCAUAGCCAACAUUGCUAAUUUGGCCAGUACUGCCAUGGCAAUUACCAUCCAGAGAGACUGGGUGGUGGUUGUGGCUGGACAGGACAGCAGCAAGCUGGCAGACAUGAACGCCACAGUGCGGAUCAUCGACCAGCUGACCAACAUCCUAGCGCCCAUGCUGGUGGGUCAGAUCAUGUCUUUUGGCUCAAACUUCAUUGGUUGCGGCUUUAUUGCGGGCUGGAACCUGUGCUCUAUGUGCCUUGAGUACGGUCUGCUAUGGAAGGUCUACCAGAAAACCCCGGCACUGGCCUUGAAGGCUGGCAAAAAAGAGGAUGACCAGGAACUGAAACAACUUAACUUCCCGAAAGAGCUAGAAAACGGCAACGGCACAGUAGAGGGCUCCCAGCUCAUGAACGAGAUGGCUGUCGUCGAGGCCGACUCUCCCAAGAAGACGAGCUGCUGCUACCAGAUAACAGAGCCCCUGCGCACCAUCCGCGACGGCUGGGUGGCCUACUACAACCAGUCCAUCUUCUUCGCAGGCAUGUCACUGUCCUUCCUCUACAUGACGGUGCUGGGAUUUGACUGCAUCACCACGGGCUACGCCUACACCCAGGGCCUCAACGGCUCUGUGCUUAGCCUGCUGAUGGGUGCCUCAGCCGUGUCAGGCAUCUGUGGCACGGUGGCCUUCACCUGGGUUCGCAAGAAGUGUGGCCUAAUCCGCACAGGCUUCAUCUCGGGUGUGGUGCAACUCUCCUGCCUAGUUCUGUGCGUGGCGUCCGUCUUUGCACCGGGCAGCCCCUUCGACCUCAGCAUUUCGCCCUUCCAGGACAUCUACAGCCACCUGACCGGAGACAGCGGCAACUUACCAGAGGCCUCCCAUCCGGCUAGCAUGCUGAACAUCGAUGGUCUGCUGGUCAACGGUUCGACUGCACCGCCCGCUGAAGAACUGCCGCCUCUGCAGUCCUAUCUGUCAGUCAGCCUGCUGUUUGCAGGGGUUAUUGCUGCUAGAAUUGGUCUAUGGUCCUUUGACUUAACCGUGACCCAGCUCAUCCAAGAGAAUGUGAUCGAGUCAGAGAGGGGGGUGAUUAAUGGUGUCCAGAACUCCAUGAACUACCUCCUGGACCUGUUGCACUUUAUCAUGGUGAUUCUGGCGCCCAACCCUGAGGCCUUUGGCCUUCUCGUCAUCCUCUCCGUCUCCUUCGUGGCCAUGGGCCACAUCAUGUACUUCAGGUUUGCCUUCAAGAGCCUCGGGCGGCGCCUCUUCUUCUGCUGCUCGCCAGAGCAGAAGGCCCAGGCCCUCCCGGACUCUCUCUCCUCGCUUCCCACCACCGUGUAGCCCAUUAAAGAGACGCUGUCCCUGCUAAUAGCUCUACCUGCAGCCUGCAGUGCACACUAUUGUCCACUCCUUCUCUUGCCCGCUAGCUAUCAACCUAAACAUGCUUGCGUCUAGCCCCCACAGCGCCUAACCCUAGCAUGUGCUGUCCUUUGCCAUUGUGAUAUAGCAUUAGCCGUUUUGCGGAAGGGGGAAGAGUAGUGCAGCCUCAGACACAGAGAAGCAACCCCUCACAGACAAAAAGCUCAGCUUGAAUGAGGCCUUAUAGAGAGGUGUCAAAAAAUAAACAUCACUUCUCCCUACUUCCAAUAUUUCAAUCUCGCUGUCUUGUUAUUCAAGGGGCUGCAGCUAGAGCUACAGAAAAUGAGGGAGGAAAAAUGCAGGUAUUGCUUGCAGUUACUACGGUUACAGCCACAUACUACUUAAGUAUGUUCUGUGGUUCUAGUGGUGUUUGCAUCUCAUUACAGCUCUGCAUCAGCCUCGCGGGAUUUUCAUUUCCACAUUUGUUUCUCAGUAGUUCAUUGUUACUAUAGCCAUUCACGUUAGCAUUUGAAACGUCUCAGUUACUUAAGCUUUAGUAAUUGACAAUGAUUUAAAUUACCGGUUUUACCAGUGAGAAAUACAGGUUCUUACUUAUUUUGCUUAAUGAGCCUGGGAUGAGCCUCUUUAAUACAUGGUUAUAAGGGUUAUGCAAAUUAUUUAUUCAAGGAGUGCAGAUACUGAUAGAUAGAUAGAUAGAUAAAUAGACUGAACAAAAAUAUAAAUGCAACAUGUUGGUCCCAUGUUUCAUGACCUGAAAAAAAUAUCCCAGACAUUUUCCAUAUGCACAAAAAUGCACAAAUUUGUUUUCAUCCCUGUUAGUGAGCCUUUCUCUUUUGCUAAGAUAAUCCAUCCACCUGACAGUUGUGGCAUAUCAAGAAGCUGAUUUAACAGUAUGAUCAUUACACAGGUGCACCUUGUGCUUGGGACAAUAAAAGUCCACUCUAAAAUGUGCAGUUUUGUCACAACACAAUGCCACAGAUGUCUCAAGUUUGGAGGGAGUGUGCAAUUGCCAUGCUGACUGCAGGAAUGUCCACCAGAGCUGUGUUAAUGUUAAUUUCUCUACCAUAAGGCACCUCCAACGUUGUUUUAGAGAUUAUGGCAGUACGCCACAACCACAGACCACGUGUAACCACGCCAGCCCAGGACCCCCACAUCCGACUUCUUCACUUGUGGGAUCGUCCCAGGGGGGAAGUGGGGUGCGGAUGAGUAUGUCUCUGUAAUAAAGCCCUUUUGUAGAAAAACAAAUUCUGAUUGGCUGGCUCCCCAGUAGGUUGGCCUGGCUCCCAAGUGGGUGGGCCUAUGCGGGCCUAUGCCCUCCCAGGCCCACUCAUGGCUGUGCCCCUGCUCAGUUAUGUGACAUAAAUAGAUUAGGGCCUAAUCAUUUUUUUAAUUGACUGAUUUCCUUAUAUGAACUGUAACUCAGCAAAGUCUUUGAAAUUGUUGCAUGUUGCAUUUAUAUUUGUGUUCUGUAUACACACACACAGAGUACCAGUCAAAAGUUUCAACACAGCUACUCAUUUAAGGGUUUAAAUUGGUUUUUACUAUUUUCUACAUUGUAGAAUAAUAGUGAAGACAUCAAAGCUAUGAAAUAACACAUAUGGAAUCAUGUAGUAACCAAAAAGGGUUUAAAAAAAUCUAAAUAUAUUUCAUAUUUGAGACUCUUCAAGUAGCCACCCUUUGCCUUGAUGACAGCUUCGCACACUCUUGGCAUUCUCUCAACCAGCUUCACCUGGAAUGCUUUUCCAACAGUCUUGAAGGAGUUCCCACAUAUCAUGAGCACUUCCUUCACUCAUCCCAAACCAUCUCAAUUGGGUUGAGGUCAGGUGAUUGUGGGGGCCAAGUCAUCUGAAGCAGCACUCCAUCACUCUCCUUCUUGGUCAAAUAGCCCUUACACAGCCUGGAGGUGUGCUCUGGGUCAAUGAUAGUCCCACUAAGUGCAAACCAGAUGGCAUGGCAUAUUGCUACAGUGUGCUGUGGUAGCCAUGCAGGUUAAGUGUGCCUUGAAUUCUAAAUAAAUCACAGACAGUGUCACCAGCUAUGCACCAUCACACCUCCUCCAUGGUUCACAGUGGGAAGCACACAUACAGAGAUCAUCUAUUCACCUACUCUGUGUCUCACAAAGACAUGGCGGUUGGAACCAAAAAUCUCAAAUUUGGACUCAUCAGACCAAAGGACAGAUUUCAACUGGUAUCAUGUCCAUUGCAUGUUACUUGAACUCUGUGAAGCAUUUAUUUGGGCUCCAAUCUGAGGUGCAGUUAACUCGAAUGAACUUACCCUCUGCAGCAGAGGUAACUCUGGGUCUUCCUUUCCUGUGGUGGUCCUCAUGAGAGCCAGUUUAUCAUAGCGCUUGAUGGUGUUUGCGACUGCUCUUGAAGAAACUUUCAAAGUUCUUGACAUUUUCCAGAUUGACUGACCUUCAUGGGUCAAAGUAAUGAUGGACAGUCAUUUUGGUUCUUGGUUCUUGAACAAAAAGGGCUAUCUUCUGUAAUACCACCCCUACCUUGUCACAACACAGCUGAUUGGCUAUAAUUCAUUAAGAAGGAAAGACAUUCCACAAAUUAACUUUUAACAAGGUAAUUGAUGACAUGGCCUCCACAAUCACCCAAACUCAACCCAAUUUAGAUAGCUUGAGAUGAGUUGGACCGCAGAGUGAACCAAAAGCAGACAACAAUUGCUCAGUAUAUGUGCAAACUCCUUCAAGACUGUUGGAAAAGCAUUCCUCAUGAAGCUGGUUGACAGAAUGCCAAGUGUGCAAAGCUGUUAUCAAGGCGAAGGGUGGCUACUUUGAAGAAUCUCAAAUAUAAAAUAUAUUUUGAUUUGUUUGACACUUUUUUGGUUAUGACAUGAUUCCAUAUGUGUUAUUUCAUAGUUUUGAUGUCUUCAAUGUAGAAAAUGGUAAAAAUAAAGAAACCCUGGAAUGAGUAGGUGUGUCAACUUUUGACUGGUACUGUAUAUAUAUACUAUUCUCAAUGUAUCAUCAGUAUUGUCUCUCAGCCAUGGUGGUGCUGAUAUGCUAGUUAUAGCGAACAACUAGAAAACUAUGCAUUCCCAUUAACAAUGUUCUCAAUGACCAAAGUGGACAUUCUUAUACAGCUUAAAAGGAAGUGAGGGAAACCCUGUUGUUUUCCCUAUGAGCAUUCCAAUUAUUUUUUUGAUGUGAAGUGAAAAUGAAUCUCGUAUAGGCUCAUUAACGCUUUUGUAGACACCUCGUGUACAGAUGUCUAACCCCCCUUGCAAUUGUUAUACCUGUACUUGUUUGUCAUCAUUGAUUUAUCUGUCUUCAAAGGUGAUUUUUAAUCGUGAUUGUUACACAGGCACUUUAACUGAUUCUACUAUGUCCAUAAUAACGAAAACACCUUCAGGCAUUGCUACUGCAUUUUGCACAAGGCCGAGCUGAAGGACUUUGCAUUUACUGGCAGGCCCAUGAUAAAGGGCCAUCAUUACGCUAAUCUUUGCCACAAAUGCACACACAGCACAAUCCUAAACCCAGACACCAGGUGUGAGCAUGGAAAACCAUACCACACUUUUUCCUGUGGGCGGCUUUCAAAAUCCUGCCAAGUUUACCUCAGAUUUCCUUCUCUCCCCCCUCCCUAAGUCCAGCAGACCUCCCCACCAGUGUUCCUCUGCCACAGUAGAAAGUCAUCAUGUUCAGGUUGUCUUAGCUGGCCACUAACUGCAAUUACACCAACCAUGCUGUAGCCAGGCAAAACUGUCAGUUUGUAGCUCUUGGAGCACUCCAACACCACUGUGAAGGUUUGCAGAAGCUUUAUUUUUAAAACAUGCUCCGACUCGAUGUCAUAUGCACAGACUUCAUGGUUAUUACCUCUGCCCAUGAAAAACCAUUGCUGACUUACAACACGGAGGUGAUUUGGUGAGGAAAAUAUUAUGGUUGGAGAGAAUAGACACAGCACUUUAAGAGAACAGUGAGGCCUUUCUUUAGCCCUGGGCGGUUGUACUAAAGGCUCCUGUAGGCUGAAGUGGAGUCAGACAGGUCUGCAGGUUUGUGGAACUGCAGCUGGUGUUCUAUAGAGACAUGCCAGGAACUGAGCUCAAUGUUAAUGUUUGGCAUGGAUUACCCCCCAAAAUGUAAAGUAAGCACAUUCUUCAGAACAGAGCCUUUUUCUCAGAACAUUUAUUCAGGAAUAUUUCAUACAAGGCCAUAUCUUUUUCAUACAAGUAACAAUGGCCGUCAAUCAAUAUUCAAACUGUACUGGAUGUAAAAUAAUUUGUUUAUGACAUCAGAUUAUGUUGUCAUCUUUAAAUGUUGGAAGUCUUUUUUUUUUUUUUUUUUACAUUUUAAAAAUGUUUUUAUAUACUAGUGUUAACAGUUGUUGCUAAUGGAGAAGUUUUCUGAACAAUUUGCUUGUGAAAUUGUUCUCUGCCUCGUGUGUAGAAAUCAAUGCUCUCAUGCAUUAACCAAGAAAAUCAUACAACAUGCCAAUGGACUAUACUGUCCAUAGUCUCCCAUCAUUGUAAAAAUACAUUAAAACCAUUGUUUGAUAUAAUCUUUGUUUAAAUGUAAUAUGCAAGAAUCACUUCACACUCCAUGAUAGUGGAGGACGUUUAUACAGCUUGUUUUGCAUGAGCUCUGAAUUAAAAAGAAAAUGUUUAUA